GGGCAGCGAGCCCCGGCAAUGGCGGAGUCUGGUUUUUACCACACGGUGGUACGACUCCUGCCGAGGGUUUCACUUACAUUGACGGGGAAACCGCCCGACAAAUGCGUCGUCCAGGCACGCUGCCCGUGCAUUCGGCAAUAAACCAACGCACCAAUAACUCAAAUACUAUUUCAAACAACAAUAACAACCACAGUCACAAUCACAAUCCCUCGGCAGUAUCAACAAAUAACAUAUUUUCACCAACAUCCGGUCCGAUUGAUAACAAUGUCAUAACAAGCAAUGGAUCAACACGACAUAUGAGUCAUUCGUUGCGACGCAACCCACCGGCAUUGCCGGCACGUGCAGAUUCAUGUCGCAUUGUCAAUGACGAUCAUCAUUCAUCUCAAAAACAUUCGCCCCCGUGUCCUCAGUCAUCGUAUCCUACUUUACCGAUAAACGGACACGUCUCUUCGUACUACUACCGCGAGCGUGACAGCACCGGUACCAGUUCCAGUAUCGGAACAGCAACCAGAGAACGCACCAGUAUACGUGACCGUGAACUCCCCCCAGUUCCUCACAGGAACGAGCCCAUGGAACUCGAGAUCCACGAUCAGUUGGCCGGCAACGCGGGCUACAGAGAAUAAAUGAGACAAAUAUCUAUAGUCUAGGGUUUUAAUUUAACUGCCGAAAAUAAAAUCAAGACUGAUAUUGAUGGUUAUCCAGCACCAGCUCCCUCCCUGCUUCCACUACCGAGGGUUAGGAAGCCUUCGGACUAAAAAGAAGCGGUUUUUUUAAACCGGGUUCACAGUGUGUGUUAAAUAGCUAAGCGAGUUAAUGGACCGGGUAUUUAGCGAAGCGUUUUUGUACCACGAACUCGUGAAUUCUUCCCGAGGCAGCUCAUCACAGGAUCCGGGUAUCAAGUGAAGACUGAAAUAUGUCUAAUAAGACAAACAUUCCUCGGUUAUUUAUUUUAAAUGUCACAGGAAUGUUGUGAGUCACUGUAGUUAUAUUAUAUAUAUGUAUAUAUAUAAGUAUAUACAUAUAUAUACAUACAUGUGUACGUAUGUUUGUGUAAUUAUUUGCGGAUGAGAUCAGAUGGGAGAGAAUGUUGCAAAUGUUUAUGAUAAGGAUGGGAAGAUACUAUAAGAAUUCUUAGGUUCGAUAGCGGGAUAGAUAGUAAAAAAAAAAAAAACAAAAAACAAAAAAAAACUAAUGAUUUAAGGAAAUGGUCUAAAGAGCGAAUUUAAUUUUUAAAACCACUUAUUUGAAGUACCUCUGGGUCUUGUAUUAUAAUAAUAAUAAACACAUAAGAGAAAAUAUCUGUGUUAAUAAAAAGCAGAUUCAUAAAAAUAUAUAUAUAUUAUAAAUAUAUGUACAUGUAUAUUAUGAUUAUUUUCUCAACAGUUAAAGAUGCGUAUUAUUAAUUAAUAAAAUUAAUAAGUACAUAAUUAAUUAAAAA